GUUUUAGAGUUACACCAAAAACCAAAAUCGAUUUUCUCGAAAACAGAUUUUGCGUAAAAAUUCUCGUUUUUCCUUAAUUUUUCUUUUGUUUUUCACGUCGCUUUUGAAAACCUUGAAAAACUACUGGGAAAUUUUUACUUUUGACCCCCCAAAGUACCAACUAGAUUCAAUUUCCUGUCAGAAAAGUUACUGUUGAAGAAAAUCCAAGCACUUUUACUGUCCUAAAAAGUGAUGACAAACACAAAAAUAAAAAUAAAUUUAAAAAAAAACACACAUCAUUGUAAAAUCAAUACAUUCAUCGUUCCACCCAGAAUCUAAAAUGUGGUCAAACGCAGCGGCAUUAUAUCUAAAAUUGGCUAAUUAUUAGACCUGAGACCUCGGACAUUUUGAUAAAAUCCAACUGCUUUGGUUAGCGAGGACGAGUAGAGGAUGUAUCCUUAGUGUUUUGAUUUGGAAAUCUGUACUUAGUUGAGGCACAUCAUUGAAAUAUUUAGACACUAGAUAUUCAUAUGAUCACAGUUCGGUGACAAAGUAUACGAUGGCGGAUAUGGAAAUACUCGUGGAACAUUUAACCAAAUUGAAUGAACUGAAUGACAAAAACAUCAAGAAACGAAUUAAGCAUUUUGGCCCGGUUCUCGAUGCGAUCGUGAAGUCGUUGAACAUUUCCGUUUCUAAAGAAUUAGAAUCCUUAAUGGUUACUAAUAAGUCUGUGGAAAUAGCCAGGUCACCGAUGAUACAUCUCGAUGGGUUUACAUUCUUACCUCAACUGUGGUCCCACGAAGAUAAUUUGAGGCCAUUUAUAUUACAUUCCGGAGGUAGAAAAACAGUGUCUAUGGUGUAUGGAAUUCCUACUGUUCGUCGCCAAAAUAAAAAUUACUUAAUACAAACAUUAAUUAAUAUCGUAAAGAACAUGAAUCAAAAUGAAAAGGAAGAUUCAUUAAUAGUAGUGAUGAUUGGUGAAAUCGAUCGAGAAUAUACGCAACAAGUGACUACGGAAAUCAAAAAUCAGCUACCGGAAGCAGUUAACUCGGGUCUUGUGGACAUAAUUGCUCCAACCCCGGAAUAUUAUCCAGAUUUCGGCAAACUUCGCUUGACGCUCGGUGAUUCUAAAAUCCGGGUCAGCUGGAGGAGCAAACAAAAUUUGGAUUAUGCUUUCUUAAUGAUGUACUGCCAACCAAAAGGGUCAUUUUAUGUUCAAAUUGAAGACGAUGUAAUCACAAAACCACAGUUCCACACUAUUAUGAAAAAUACAGCUUUGCAGAGGAUAGCUAACGGACAAGAGUGGUUUAUAUUAGAUUUUGGAGAACUUGGUUUUAUCGGCAAAAUGUUUAGAUGUUCGGAUUUAUCGUGGCUAAUUCAGUACCUUAUUAUGUUUUAUAACGAUCAACCUGUGGAUUGGUUGCUGGACGGAUUCGUGGAGACAAAAGCUUGUGGUUAUUAUAAAAUAAAUUGUCGACAACUAAAAGACAAUUUAUGGGUGAAAUACAAUCAAACUGUUUUUCAACAUAUUGGAAUCUGGUCAUCUUUGCCUGGCAAAAUUCAACUUUCGAAGGCUAGUCAUUUUAAGUAAAGGAUAUGUAUAUUUAAAAAAAGAUAAUUAGUGUUCCACAAACAUAAUUAUAAGAUAAUGAUGAAAUACAGGUUACCUGUAUCGAAAAUCAAAAAGGACUCACACAAAGAUGAUGAAAUUAAAAUAACAAUGAAUCAUCUGUGAUUGCUAGAGUGAAAUAAUUUAUUAAUAACAUGUAAGAACAUUGAUUAUUUUGUAUUAAAGUUAAAAUUUAUAAACGUUGUCGAUAUAAUUAUAAAGUUAUAAUAAAGUUAAUAUGAAAAUAAUAUAAUU